CGGGUUUUUUUUGCGCAUGUGUGUAAGUGUGUGUUUCCCCUAAAGCUUUUUAUUGCCAUGUCAUUGUUUUUUUUCUCUUUUGGCCUCUUUAAGGGUUCUUCUGUAUUUCAACUUGACCUUGGACUCCUGCAGCCGCGUCCUGGCCACCAAAUGGUAGGUUAUUGCCCUUUUACCAUUGCUAAAAGGAUGUGGGCUUUGAAACUCUUCGGAGCGCACAACACUAAUGUUGGGUUCGAUUCUUUUAAUUAAGGUGUGCAAAAAAAAAAAUGUUUGCUUUGAAACUAUUAAAGCACGUGGACCUGUGCAUAAAUUAUACAAAUGAACGUAUAAAAAUAAGAUGGCGGGGAAAUAUGUUUUGUUGCUGCAUGCAUUAUCUCCUGCAGACCUUUAUCAGCGGCUUUCCAUGUCACGUGAUCGUCCCGGGCCAAUAACAUCAGGGCGGUUCGGUCCACUGUAGUUGGUAAGGUUAUAUGCUGCCACGGAGUCCGUGUCUUAGGCGCGUUCAGCCGAGUGGGGGUGGGGGGUGUUUUGGGCUCCACGCGCGUGUGGUGGACAUGCUAUGACCACGUCGCUGCUGCUGCUGUACUCGCACUGGGUCGAGCCGGGGGUGUUCGUGUGGACAAACAUGGACGGCUUCCCGGGGGGCAACUUCGCACCGAGCCAGUGUCGGAAUCUGCUGGCGCAUCCUGCCUCCUACGGCGGCGGCGAGGUGGCCGUGUCCGGUGCGGGGGAGCCGGGGAAGCAAUGCAGCCCGUGUUCCUCCCCCAACGCCUCCUUCCCGUACGGAUACUUGGGCAGCGGCUACUACCCCUGCAGGGUGAGCCACAAGGCCUGCGCGCAGCCGUCUUCGUACGCCGACAAGUGCGUGGACGCGUCCGUGGCCGGCGAGGACUUCUCCAACCGGGCCAAGGAGUUCGCCUUUUACCAGGGUUACUCCCCGGGCCCGUACCAAGGCGGCUACCUGGACGUGCCGGUGGUGCCCGCGCUGAGUGCGCCCUCUGAGGCCAGACAUGAGCCGCUGAUGCCAGUGGAGAGCUACCCGUACCAGCCCUGGUCCAUCACCAACGGCUGGAGCGGCCAAGUGUACUGCAAGGAGCAGGCUCAGGCCAACCCCCUCUGGAAGACCUCCUUGCAAGACAACUCUUCUGGAGGAGGAGACCCCCAACUGCGCCGUGGAAGGAAGAAGCGUGUUCCUUACACCAAAGUGCAGCUGAAGGAACUAGAGAGAGAAUAUGUCAGCAAUAAAUUCAUCACCAAGGACAAAAGAAGGAGAAUAUCCGCUCAGACAAACCUGACAGAGAGACAAGUGACAAUCUGGUUUCAGAACCGGCGCGUAAAGGAGAAGAAAGUCGUGAAUAAAUUCAAGGGCUCCUGUUAGCUACUCGUCCUGCUUUCCUCUUUCCGAAAGGACACACGGACACGAUGACUUCAUCACAAAUAAAUAUUACUCUGUAAUUUAUUACCUUAACUUUUGUCGCCAGUGUGGCUCCUUUCUGCUGGCCCUCCUCCUGGCGCCUUCUAAUGAAACUGCCCACAAGGAGCAGAACUGCUAGUUGGAGAAAAACGGCAUCAUUCAUUAUUAGGCUUUAAUUUGCUGCCUUUCAAGAAAGUCACCACACACGUGGACAAUAUUGUAUUUACAUGAAAUUAACAUUGUGCAGAUUUAUAUUUAUUUAGUUAAAGAAUCCACCAAUGUAUGCCACAAUUUGUAAACAGUGCCUGUUAUUUUCACUGAUUUAUUUUGUUUUUAGUUUGUUUUGUCAAUGUAAAAAUACAAAUUAUUAUUCUUGUCUUUAAUUUAAAUUGUAAAAAUUACAACUCCCAUGAAUUAAACUUUUUCAAUAAAUCUUUCCGUUUUUGGGA